AUGUUCCAUUUUGAUCAACCUGACUUUGAUUUUGUUAGUCUUGAUGACUGGGAUUUUGAUGUUAUUCCUCUACAACAUCAAUCCGAUGUGGAAGAAACAUCGAAAUCACAUGAGAUUACUGAACCAAAGAAGAAAGUUGGAUCUCAAUUGCCUUCAGCACUUAAGAUCCUGAAUGAUUAUGACACAACAAAGUUCAGAAGAUCAAAGACAGAAAAGAAAAACAUCAUUAAUAUGCAAACAAAUAAUGAAUGCAAGCUAUCUACCGAUGAAAUCCUUCGUUUGGGUGCUGAGAAGUUCAUUCAAUCGUUUACUAUAGCAGGUGAUCAAGAAGCAUAUCCGUUUAGCCAUCUGUUUGCUAGCUCGUUUCUUGGCCUUUUGGUGGAAGACACCAGAAGUGUGGCUCUCGUCGAAAAUCUUCUUGCUUCUGCUGAGAAAGUAGAGCAGAAGCAGUUUGAUCGCGCGAGAAGGCUUCUUAAUGAGUGUGACAAGUCUUGUUCCAACACUGGAAAUCCAAUUCAGAGAUUGGUAUACUAUUUUUCUCAAGCACUUCAUGACAGAAUUAACUAUGAAACCGGAAGAGAUUCAUCGAAAGGAAUUGAAAUGAAGCGACUAGAACAUAUCGAGCAUUCACUGAUGAGCUUAGACCCCUUUUUGAUUGCAGCACAUCAAAGAAUACCUCUGUCUCAGGUGACUCAAUUUGCUGCUGUUCAAGCCAUCAUAGAUCAUGUAGCAAAAUCGGACAAGGUUCAUAUAAUCGAUCUCGAGAUUGGAAGUGGGAUGCAAUGGACAAUCUUGAUGCAAGCUCUUGCAACACAUCAAUGUGAAUCUGAAUCAUCACUUAAACAUAUCAAGAUAACUGCUUUAUGCACCAAAUUAAGGCACAAAAUCGAUGAAACAUGUGAGCGAUUAACGAGCUUUGCAGAAUCCUUGAACUUGUCCUUUUCCUUCAAUAUUGUGAUGGUUGAAGAUAUCAUGGAACUAAAGCAAGAAGAUUUCGAGCUAGAUGAUGAGGAAUCAAUUGCUAUCUUCGCGCGAUACAUCCUCAUGAGAAUGUUAGCGCGACAAGACAAGCUAGAUUCUUUGAUGAGAGUGAUUAAAGGUAUUAAUCCUCGAGUAAUGAUCGUUAUAGAGGUUGAAGCAAACCAUAAUUCACCAGUAUUCGUGGACCGGUUUGUGGAAGCUCUUUUUUUCUACGGUGCAUUUUUUGACUCGUUGGAGGAUUGCAUGAAGGACGAUGAACGAAGCAGGACAGCUACAGAAUCAGAACACUUGAACCAAGGGAUUAGGAGCAUUGUGGCAAAUGAGGGUGAGGAAAGGACCAUCAGACACGUAAAAAUUGACGUAUGGAGGGUAUUUUUCACGCGAUAUGGGAUGGAGGAAGUGGAGCUGAGCAUGUCAUCGUUGUAUCAGGCAAACCUGGUGCAAAAGAAUUUUGCUCGUGGGAGUUCUUGCACAUUGGAAAUGAACAACAAUUGUCUACUCAUUGGAUGGAAAGGAACCCCUCUCAAUUCAGUUUCUGCAUGGAAAUUCUCUUGACAUGUAAUAACUUGUUUUAUGAAUGUUAUAACGUUAAUAUUC